GUCAUCCCCUUGGUCUGUAGCCCUUUUGUGUAAGUGGCUGGCGAGGGUGACGUGGGACUGUUCCUAUGGGCACAGCUGCAGCACCGGCCAGGGUGGAGGCAGAACCCAGGCAGCCCUGCCCUCCCAGUUCCUCCCUCGGACCUUUCAGUGGUAAGGGGACAUGCACCCCAAGGGCCUCUGCUUGGCCUGACCCUGCUGUGGGGGCUCUCUGUCCCCAGGAACAGUGAGAUGGCAAGCUUAGCAAUCCUCUCUCUGCCCAGCUGCCUUCCCUCCCUCCUCUUCCUCCUCCUCCAGCUGUCUUCCGGCUAUGCAGGACAGUUCAGAGUGAUAGGACCAAGACACCCAAUCCGGGCUCUGGUGGGAGAUGAAGUGGAAUUGCCGUGUCGCAUAUCUCCUGGGAAGAAUGCUACAGGCAUGGAGGUGGGGUGGUACCGCCCCCCCUUCUCUAGAGUGGUUCAUCUUUACCGAAAUGGCAAGGAUCAAGAUGGAGAGCAGGCACCUGAAUAUCGGGGCCGGACGGAGCUAUUGAAAGAGACUAUAGGUGAGGGAAAGGUAACCCUCAGGAUCCGGAAUGUAAGGUUCUCAGAUGAGGGAGGUUUCACCUGCUUCUUCCGAGAUCAUUCUUACCAAGAAGAGGCAGCAAUGGAAUUGAAAGUGGAAGAUCCCUUCUACUGGGUCAGCCCUGGCGUGCUGAUUGUCAUCGCUGUGCUACCUGUGCUCCUCCUGCAGAUCGCUGUGGGCCUCCUCUUCCUCUGCCUGCAGCACAGACUAAGAGGAAAACUCCGUGCAGAGAUAGAGAAUCUCCACCGGACUUUUGAUCCCCACUUUCUGAGAGUGCCCUGCUGGAAGAUAACCCUGUUUGUAAUCGUGCCAGUCCUUGGACCCCUGGUUGCCUUGAUCAUCUGCUACAACUGGCUUCAUCGAAGACUAGCAGGGCAAUUCCUUGAAGAGCUAAGAAACCCCUUCUGAAUGAUGUCACAUCUUGACGGUGGUGGAGAACUUGUUUGGCCUAGGAAUCGAUCCCUGGAGAACAUCUCAUCCAUUAAGUUGCACAUUCACUGGCAUCUUUGCUAUGAGGACAUUCCAAUCUGCCCUUCCAGGAACAUUCUGAAUUCCAAAUAGAAUUGAUUACUCUCCUGUCAUCCACCUUUUAUCUACCUUUCCCCCCUUUUUACUACUCACAUCAUUCUACUCCUCUCCGGUCUUCCACCUGAAAGCCCUCUCUGGCUAGGGACAGCCAGGUGCUCCUCUCCAUCAGCUAACACAGAUAGGAGCGCCUCCACCACCACAUGAGAAUAACCUCCUCACUGAAAAUUACAGCAUGCCAACUAUGCAAAUGGUGGCUGUUUCUUCCAAGACCUUUGCCCUGAUGGGGGCAAAGCUAAGAGUCGAGUAGAAGAGAGUGGAGAGGUAGAAUCCAAAACAUCAAACAGAGAGCUGAGUGAGCCACAGUGUGAGGAUAUGGGUAUACCUAACCAAAACCUAGAGAUGGGGAGAAACCCACAGAACACUGGUGGAGCUUCAUCUUGUCUUGGCAGCCUACUGAGGGCCCAGGGCAGGAAGGGGUGAGAGCUGGGCUGCACAACUGCUUUAGAACAUUUCCCUUCUUCUUCCACAUCUUCUCUGAGUCUCUCAGACUGUUUUCCUCCUCUCGCCCUUCUUCUUCCAUCUUCAUACCUAUCAGAGUAUCCACUAUUUAUUCAACAAUUACUACUUGGUGGUCUAUCAGACACAGAGAAACAAGUUAAGUACUAAUGGAUAAUAACAUGAGUUUUCAUGUGCAUACUUCCCUUUUUUAUAUUUCUAUCAUUAUC